AUGAGCUGCAAGUAUGAGGAUGCGAAUGAGAGGCUGAAUCGCCUCGCCAGAGUGCGAGAGAAUCAACGCAAAAGCCGUGCCCGAAGACAACAGUACAUCGAAGAACUCGAGCAGAAAGUCGCUGUAUACAAGGCGCAAGCUCAGCAAAGAGAAAUCGAGCACUUGAUUGCACUUCAGAAAUUAGAAGCCGAAAACACAAAACUACGUGAGCUAUUACAACGAGCAGGGCUCGCCCCUGGUAUUGUGGAGGACUUUUUGAAAGACGUAUCACAGCCUACCGUCUCGGAGAAAAUAGCAAUUCCUCGACUCAAGGCGCCCAUAUCGCCGCAUUCUACUUCAAGCCAGUGCAGUGUCCCUACGAUCAAGGCCGACGAGCCAUAUACGCCAAUUUCGUCAACAAGUGUCGCUACAGCCUGCAAUAGCAAUGUCCCGUCUGCGCCUGCGAGCCAUUAUCCUAUCGCUGUAAAGAAACCUGACAAAUGCUGUACUCCGGCUUCGUCGACAAGUAUUAAUGCGGGCUGCAAUAAGAGGAAGACUUGUGCACCGCCGAGCCAGUACGCUCCCACUGCGCAAAGGGUUGAGGAGUCAUACACGCCAACUUCUUCAACAAACUUUGAGAUAGUCUGCAAUAACAAUAUCUCUUGUACUCAGGCCUCCGAGUGUGUGGACAACCCUACGCCCAAACCGCUAGAGCCACCCGUGGUGGUUCCUGCGGACCCUGUGACGAUCCAACAACAGAAAAACAUCAAGCUACCGUCAAUUGCAUCACUUUGUGAUUGCGGACCAGAGUCGACGUCCCAGUGGCCAAAGGUAAAUACUCCCAUGAAUACCACUCUCUGCGAAGUUGCCCAGGAUUUGAUCGAUCAAUAUAAUACGAAAGGCGUGGAUCUCAAUCUCAUUAAGCAGCGGCUUUCGGCUGGAUUUCGUAAUGGCGAUGGUGCCGGUUGUCGGGUGCAAAACAACGUGCUAUUCGAGGUUUUGGAUGAGAUUAGUGGAGAUGCGCCUAUGUCAGGUGGUACUUGA